CAUCCCGCGCCGCGGCACGCCGAGCUGCAGACGAGCGUUAUGGCUGCUUCGAGACCGCCCCAGAUCGAGGAGCUGCUGGCCGAGGCCCGGCGGGCCUUCCGGGAGGAGUUCGGGGCCGAGCCCGAGCUGGCCGUGUCGGCGCCCGGCCGCGUCAACCUCAUCGGGGAGCAUACGGACUACAACCAGGGACUGGUGCUGCCCAUGGCACUGGAGCUUGUGACCCUGAUGGUAGGCAGCCCCCGAACCGAUGGUCUUGUGUCUCUUCUCACCACCUCUAAGGAUGCUGAUGAGCCUCAGCGACUACAAUUCCCACUGCCCUCAGCCCAGCGGUCCCUGGAGCCUGGGACCCCUCGAUGGGCCAACUAUGUCAAGGGAGUCAUUCAGCAUUACCCAGCUGCCCCCCUCCCUGGAUUCAGUGCAGUGGUGGUCAGCUCAGUGCCCCUGGGGGGUGGGCUUUCCAGCUCCGCAUCUCUGGAAGUAGCCACAUAUACCUUCCUCCAGCAGCUCUGCCCAGACUCAGGGGCAAUAGCUACCCGGGCCCAGCUGUGUCAGCAGGCAGAGCACAGCUUCGCAGGGGUGCCCUGUGGUAUCAUGGACCAGCUCAUUGCACUGCUGGGGCAGAAAGGCCACGCGCUGCUCAUUGACUGCAGGUCCCUGGAGACAAGCCUGGUACCUCUGUCAGAUCCCAAGCUGGCUGUGCUCAUCACUAACUCCAAUGUCCGCCAUUCCCUGGGCUCUAGUGAGUACCCCCUACGGCGGCGCCAGUGUGAAGAAGUGGCCCGGGCACUGGGCAAAGAAAGCCUUCGAGAGGUGCGACUGGAAGAACUUGAGGCGGGCAGAGAGCUUGUGAGCAAGGAGGGCUUCCAGCGGGCACGACAUGUAGUGGGUGAGAUCCAGCGCACGGCCCAGGCAGCGGCCGCCCUGAGCCGCGGGGACUACAAGGCUUUCGGCCGCCUCAUGGUGGAGAGUCACCACUCGCUCAGGGAUGACUACGAGGUGAGUUGCCCUGAGCUAGACCAACUGGUCGAGGUGGCACUAUCUGUGCCUGGUGUUUAUGGCAGUCGCAUGACGGGUGGUGGUUUUGGUGGCUGCACAGUGACUCUGCUAGAGGCCUCUGCUGCUUCCUGUGCCAUGCAACACAUACAGGAGCAGUACAGCGGCAUGGCCACCUUCUUCCUCUCUCAUGCUGCCGACGGAGCCAAAGUGCUGCGCUUGUGAGGCACCAGUGGGAUGGCACAUAUGGGCCCAGGGCUGAGGUGGCAGGGCCCACAGCUUGGCCUUCAGUGCCUGCCUUCUGCAUCUUGGUGCUCAAUAAACUUUGCCUCUGACUGUGGGGCCCACUUGCCUCUAGAGGUGGGUGUAUGCACGGGGGUCAGAAAGAUGCAUGGUCAGAAUCUGCUCUACUCUUAGGCUGGUGCCUCUCAAGCCUGUGAAGAAUGGUCAGGGCAGAGCCAAAC